AUGAACUCCACUUUAUUCAUGGACUCUUUGCACUCCAAAUCAAUUAUGCAAUAAUUAAAUGAGUAAGCAUUGUUUUCAUAAUUUAAGGAGAGAUCACGUAAGUAGAAUAAUUCAAUUUCUAUAAACUUAAAUGAAUUAAACCGUAACUCACGAAUCAGCUCUCUUGCAGCAACUUCUUCUAAGGGUAAAAAAAUGAGUGUUGACUCUCCCUCUUCAAAGAAGUUUUAGUUUGAUAAAGAUAAAAUUGAAAUAAAUAAAAACUUUAUUAUCCCUUUACCUUAAGUUUCUAUAAACUAAUUGACUAAAAUGAAAAAUCCUAGUUUGAUAAGGUAAGGCAAAACAGCGUCUUAUGAUUAUAUUGAAGCUGAUAAGUAAAAGUACAAUGAAACAUUAAAGUAUUUGAGUCAGCAAAAGUUGCAAGUAGCUUAAAAACCAUAAAGGUACGGAAGCAUAAGAUUAAGGCAAAGAUAAAGCUACCAAGCUUCUCCCUAAAGCAGGAGAAAUGCAGGUUAAAAUAAUUAAAGAAGCUCAAUGACUCCUAUUAAAAACUCUAUUUUUAGUGGAGGAUUCAAUGAAAACUUAAAUAAGUUUAAAACCCCCUAAAAAUAAUAGCUCCAUAUAACCUCUUCACCUUAUAAUAAGUGUGAUGAAAAUUUAAAUAAUAAUACAUAAAAUCAAUAAAAUGACAUUAAUAAGAAUGAUACUUUGCAAUUUAAAGUAGAUCAAAACAAUUUUAAAAGAGAUUCUGUCUUUAAAAGAUCUUCAUUAAAUAAGUCAUGUAUUAACUUAUUAAGGAAUGAAAGUCAAGAAAUAUUGAAUAGAACAAGUUUUUAGAAGAAUGGACUAAAAGAAAGAGGUUCAAUAUUUUAAUCUAUUUUUAAUUAGUAAAACAUGGAGUUAUCUGAAGCAAAAGACAAUAACAACAAAGAGCAGCUUUAAUAGAGUGUUGAAGAAUAAGAUACAGCAGCUUCAAUAAAAAAUCAGUCUCAUAAUUCUAAAUAAAUAAAUGACUUUAUUAGGUCUCGUUUAGGUUCGACUCGGAGGAGCAGCAAUAUUACAAAUUUUAAUGAAGAUGAAGACAAAGUUAAUUACUCUUUAAAUAACAGAUUCAGUUUUUUGUAAAGUAUUCCUUAUAACAAAUUAGUUUUUGAUAAGCUUUCAAAGGAUUCUGAGAAAUACAAAAAAGAAGUAAUUAAGAGUUUAUAAGAAGAUAAAUUAAUAACAAGUAAAGUUGAUAAAGUUUCUGAGAAAAAAUAAGGAGAAGAUAAUAGUUAAGGAAUUAAAUUUAAUGAAUAAAACGGAUUUAAGCAAUUUGCUUUCAAGAACUUUAAAUCAAAUUCAAUAGAAAGACUUUAAACAUUUUUUUCUUUUGCUUUUAAUUCAAUAGAUAAAAGCGAAAAUAAAUAUAUCUUAUGUGCAUUAAAUGAGCUACUGGAUGAUAUUAAAAAGUAAGGUUCUAUGCAAAUAAUAGAUUUAUGGAGUGCAAAGUCUCUUAAAAGUUGUAUAGAAAGGACAAACAUGGGCAACGAAAAGUUUGUAGUUUAGCAAUUUUUACAUUAUAAAGCAAAGUUUGAUAACUAAAAAAAAAAAGAGGAAAUGAAAUAAAGUUAAUUACUAUCACUUUAGAAAGAAAAAGAAUUAAAAGACGAAAUACUAAGACAAGAGUAGACUAAAAAGUAAAUUAAUUAGGACAUAAAAAACGGAGAGAACAGCUUUUCACUAGAAGACGAUAAUACUCAAUACAAUUAUAAUCAAUAAAUGCUAAUGAACUCUGGCUAAUACAAUUUGAAAUACAAGAGAGCUUUGAAUAAUAUUAUUGAGGAAAUCAAGGAUAUGAAGCAAGAAAAUAUUGAAGAUAUAAAGAAUCAAAAGUUGCUCUGCAAGACUUUAAAAACAUUUUCUAAAGAGUUGGAAAUCAAAUAUAAACUCAAUAAAAUUAGUAAAAAGUGA